AGUUUGCCUUUUUUGGAAAGUGGGCCAACAGGUCAACCCCCUAGAUGUAUUCAGCUGUAGAUGGUCCUCAUGUUUAAGCCUUUUGUUUUAGUGUUGCAAACAGGCCAUGGAAGGCUAUGGAAUGCCAAGGGAUUGUUAUCUCGUGUAACGACACAGGAGCAGGAGGAGCUAGGAGAUGUAGUUUGCUGGUUGCAAGAGGAGGGACUGAGUCCCACAGCACCGGUGACAGAACAACUGUGCUUCCUAUGGCGAGAGUUUCAGCAGAAACAGGGACGCCUGCUCACCGUGACCCAUGAUCUUGACACCCUCCGCUCACGACACACUGCGGAGAUAGCUGAGGUGCAGAGGUACCUGGACCACAUCCGCUGUCUGUCAGAGCAGAGGGACGGUCUGGCUCAGGAGCUGGAGAAGGAGAACGAGCAGCUGAGGAGCCAGCUAGAGAAACUGACCCUUCAGCAAGACGCCCAGAUGAACGAGGUGGCUGAGAUGCUGUACCAGGUGGGCCUGACGGAGGUGAUGCCCAGCAGCCCCAGUGAGCAGGUGGCCUACCUGCUGGUGGAGAGGGCUUCUCUGCUGGACAGAGAGCAAGACCCUGGAGUGAACGUCCAUGCCCAGGCCCUGGCCCAGGCCCACUCGCCCAAAGACAGUCCCCAGGGCACUGAGCCUCAGUCCAAACAAACAACCAAGGACAACACAGACCAGCGUGUUCUGAGUGGAGCUUUACACCGUGGCCUGAGCCCAUGGAAGAGGCUAUUUGGACUCCGCAAGGCAGCUCACAACAAACACUGUUUUGUCCCCGCAUCUGUCCAGCAGGGUCAGGGCUCAGGGGUCAGGGUGGAGUGGGCCCGUCUGGAACGGGACCUGGAUGAAGCAUCUCGCCGCUUGGCGAUGGCCCACCAAGAAAUCCGCCGUCUGACCGACGAACUCGAGUCUGCCCGUCUGACACAGAGUGCCUAUGAGCCAGAGCUGCAGGGAGCCCAACAGGAAGUAGAGCAGCUCAGACAGGAAGUAGAGAAGCUAAAAAAAUGUGAUGUGGUUGAACUACGGAAGGCCAAGGAGCUCAACGAUCGCCUGGACCAGGAGAUCCGAGCCCUGAGGACGAGGGUGCGCUCCCUGGACGCUGAGAGACGUGCCCUGCUCCACACGGGUGAAGGUACGGCUUCUCCGAGGAUCUCUCUGGAGACAGCCCUGCAGACCCAGACCCAGGACCGGUGUCCUCAGAGAGCGGAGUGUCCCGAGCCCCACCAGCUGACCGAGGUGCUGCAGGGGCUUCAGGAGGAACACCGGCAGCUGUCGGAAUCCAAACACACCCUGGAGCAGGAGGUGUUGGAGCUCCGGGCCCAGAAGGAGAAGGAGGAGGGGAGCCUGGAGGCUCUGAAGGACAAGACGGAAGAAUUGGAGGAGGAGUACGAGGAGCUGAAGUCCAAGAGAGAGGAGGUGAAAAACGAGUGCAGUUACCUGAGGGAGGAACGAGAGAAGCUGAAGAGCAAAGUGGGGGAUGACAAGAAGGAAUACGGGCAGACGUUGGGUGCCGAUGUGAAGCUUCUGCAGGCCAGUCAGCAGAAGUGUGAGAGACUGACCGAACAGCUGAGAGAAGUCCUCAUAGAUCUGGACACACAUAGCAGCAAGUACCACGAGAAGCAGGGACAACACAAGAAGAAGCUGCGGCGAGCCAAGCAGACCUACAUUUACGAGACCGGCUGGCGCGACCAGAGGAUCAAGGUCCUGGAGAGAGAGCUAGCCUUCACCUUGGAUGCCUCUGUCAGGGAGAGAGAGAUGACCACCUGUAUACUCGCUGAAAACAACAAGCUGCUACAUGAACAGAGAUGUCUGCUGAAGCAGCUCAGUGAGGAACAGGAAGUCCACAAUGACACUGUGCGGACUGCUAGCGCCAAUCAAUGCAGGGUGGACUUCCUGGAGGAUGAGAACAGACGGUUCCAGAAAACGACACUUCAAAUGUCCAAUCAGAUUGCAGCUCUGCAGCGCACUCAGCAGAACCAUCAAUCUAUGCGCAAUACUGAGGUACAAGACAGUAACGGAGUGGAAAUUAAUUUUGUGCCUCACCUUUUUUCUACAGGAACUGAAAAAAACUUUUAACUUGGGGAGUGCCUUGCUCACAUCUACCCGCAGGUAGAGAAACAGUCUAUUGUUCCCUCUAUCAUUGAACACACUGCUGAUGACCUUACAGUACAUUGACAAAGGACUGUGGUUGCCCUGUCACAGGUCUGUAUACCACUCAGGUGUCCACUAGGGUUGUCAGAACUGUAAUCUCAUGUUUUGUGGUUGGCAGUGUGCUUCCUGGGUCUGAUAAGAAAAACCUGCUGGACAUCAUCCAGAGUACCAGGGCCAGACAUCCAGAGGACACUAGUCCAUCUCCUCUCUCCACCCUCACCUCUUCCCUGUCCAGGCCCACCGAGCUGGGCUACCUCAACCUGACGAGCCCCCAGACAGGGGACGACCAUCUGGGCCUGUCUGACUCCCUCAGCACUGACAGUGGUGAGGUGUGAGAGCCCAGCAGACAAACACAACCACUGAUGAACUGACAAAACAGAAGCAGCCACCAACGAAGUGUAAAGAAGACAAUAAUGACAGCACUAUUAAGCUUUGUUUUACGUGUUUUUGGUCUGUGAAUUAUAUGUUAAGAAUCUUUAUAAACACAAUUGAUGAUAUAUCAAAUGGAGUUUUUGCUUCAAAUUUUAUUAGGAAAGAAGAUUAUUAAAUUAUCUGACAUUGAAUUCCAAGAUUAAACAGGUUUGUAGAGAUUAUUUUCUCAAACAGCUUCUAUUAAAUACAUGGUUUUAAAUAGUAUUUCUUAAAUUCCUUAGUUUUACAUAUUUUUAUCAUAGGUUUCGCUUCCUUAUAGUCCUGACAGAUUCAAAGUAUCCACCUGAGGGGCCAGCAUUGCAAAGUUGAAGACAAUGUGUAUUAUUGGUAGCAGCAUAAAAGCCACGGCUGUAAAAAAACAUUAUACCUACAGGAA